GACAAGAGGAGAGGCACAGAGCAGAGCGGUGAGGACCGGAGACGCUCAGAGAGGAGAGGACAGGGCUAGCGGCGGUCUGGAUGGGCCCAGCUAGACUCUCUGCCUGUAUGGAGCAUGGGGCAGGUUCUAGGCUUCUCCCAUUGCAAGGAGUUUGGUUCUGUGUCUUCCACGCCUGAUUCUACACCUCCCUGCACAGAUGGUGGGAACGAGGAGUCCGACUUCCCCGAGUUGCAGACGGCCCGCGACUGGUCCGACGACGAGGAGGGGCGCGGGGGUCCAGACGACGAGGACGAUGGCGGCGCCAGCAGCCCGUCGAUAUGGGGCACCCCGCGCCAGAGCUCCCUGGAGCUGACCUUCUCCUACUUCGCCCUGUCCGAGGCCGAGGCGUCCUUGCGGAGGGAGCACGGGGCACGCCGUCGCAGCAGGGGGGGGUCCAGGGGGGGUCGCGGCUCCUCCCUGACCCGCACGGACACGGCAGAGACCCUGCUGCCCCCUUUAGACUCACCAGCGGAACAGUGGGACCCACACUUCUUAUCGGGGGACGGGGAGGAGGAGCAGGAGGAGGAGCAGGAGGAGGAGGAGAGGAGGAGGAGAGAGGAGAGAGAUGUUCUCAGAGAGCGGUUAUGUCUCGAACAGCUGGACAUCCACUCACGGACAAUGCAGCCGCUAGGCCGGGACAUCACGCAGGAAACCCAGGAUGUAAACACAGGAAGUGACGUCACAGAGAAGGAAGAAAUCUCAGGCACACAGCAUGGACUCACAGACAGUCAAUCAGUGCUGCGAGUCCAGGAGCCUGCCCUGCCUGUUGCCAUGGAAACCUCACCGGCGCCACAUGUUGAGCAUGCUGACGAGGCGGUGCCGAGCGCGUCAUCCGCUCCCAUUGGUCGAUCCCCUCAGGAAGAGCUGGCUCGCGAUGGCCAAUCGGACGAAGGCUUGUUGUGUCUAUACAGAGCGGUGAUGGACCUGAUCUAUUGGAAGGAUAUGGAGCGGACGGGGAUGGUGCUGACGGGGGUCGUGGUGGCGCUGCUGUCCCUGUUCCAGUUGAGCAUCAUCACGGUCAUCUCCACCUUGUCCCUGGCCAUCAUGUGCUUCACCAUCUCCGUGCGCGUCUACUACCGUGUCCUGCAGGCCAUCCAGUGGGCAGACGGAACGCACCCCUUCCAAAAAUAUCUGGACCUGGACAUUACCCUGCAUGGAGAGGAGGCUGACCGCUACAUGCAGAAGGCCCUCAUGCUGGCCUUCUCCGCUCUCGACUCCCUCAAGAACCUCCUGUUCGUGGGCAGCCUCCUCGACUCUCUGAAGUUCCUGUUGCUGAUGUACCUGGUGACGUUCCUUGGAAACCUGUGCAAUGGCCUCACCCUGCUCAUCGUUGGAGUGAUUGCUGUGUUCUCUGUUCCUCUCUUCUACAGACAGCACCAGGACAAGGUGGAUGGCGUCAUUGGAGGACUGUAUGCCCGCGUCGAUAAUGUCAAAGACUUCUUCCACCGAUUGGCCCAGGGCGGCGGAACCCCUCCAGACCCCACACCCGGCGGCGCCAAGCCUAAAGCCAAGUGAGAGAAACGACCCGGAAGAGGAGGAGGAGCCAGGGCGGAGAUGGGCGGAGCUACAGGCUGUCACUCAGAUGUCUUAAUCAGCAGUCUGUGCUCGGAGCCCCGGCAUCACAGAUGAAGAAGGGGGCGUGGCUUGCGAUGCCGGGGCGGGGCUAAAGUAUUGGGGGAGGGAGGGACGAACGGUUCUGAGAGCGGGAGAAUCGGAUUGGGUAACUAGAGUUUGGAGGGACAGUCAGGGGUUUUGGGGUGGGGUUUGGUGUGAGGGCGCAUUGCGGACGUAGCAGGUGAAUCAUGCAGGUGUUCACUGUCAGCACAUCCAACUAGCGUCCGUGGCCUGUCCAAAGUGUCCAUUUACAGUGUGUUUCAGAGAAGGACUUACAAGGGUCAGUUGUUGCUGUCAAUAAAAAAACCCAAAAUAAAACAAACAAACAAAAAAAAAAAAAAAAAAAAAAGCAAAGACUUAAGAUGACCUCCAGAGGUGAUGAACCCUUCUCGUUUAGAGAUCAGGGUUUCUGCAAGUCACCACAAAAAAGAGACCCCAAACAGAAGUGUUUUGACUCCAGCAAAGCAGAGAGAGAGAGAGAGCAAGAGAGAGCACGUUAGAGCUCACCCAGCCGUUGGGAGAGGGAGGCAGAGUGGCCCAGUGCCUGUUGUGUCUCUGCCCCCUGGAGAAGAUCUGAACCAAACACUCUCCUCUGCCUCGGACCACUGGUGGAUCUGUCCACUAGCAGCAGCAGUAGCAGCAGCAGCAGCAGCAAGAUAAUGUGUCAAUGUCAAGGAGAGUGUGUGUGUGUGUGUGUGUGUGUGUGUGUGUGUGUGUGUGUGUGUGUGUGUGUGUGUGUGUGUGUGUGUGUGUGAGUGAGCAUGUGUAAGACAGUGAAUUGCAACCCACCAGACCUGCUACCUGAAAGCUAUUAAAAAACACGUUCUAUUUUU